AUGAGAUUGCUUUUCUCUCGUAUCAAAGCCCAACGUCAAAAGCAACUGCAAAAAGUCGUCGAAUGUGACGAAGAAGAUGAAGAUGAACUCAAGGAUGAUCAGGCCGUCGAAAAGGUGUUUGAAAAACGACAAUUAAAAAACACGAAACAGCUUUGUAAUCCAAAACAUUCUAAGCCGCCGAAACGUUUCGGUUUUUCAACACCACAACUCGAUAAAAAGAAACGUUCAUCAUCAUCAUCAAAAACAAAAAACAAACGCACGAAAAUUCGAUGA